GAGAACUGUGAUAAAAUACAUCAUUAACAUUUUCUUUUUUGAAAGCAUGUGACAUCUGGAAACAAACAACAAUUUAACCACAUUAAUUUAGAAAUAUACCAUAUAACAUUUCAAAUUCUCAAAACAAUUAUCUGAAUAUGGAAUGAAUGAUUAGUUUUGUGUUCAGACUUUCAGCAUUUACGACAUCAUAUUAACCAAGAGCUCAGCGCUCACCUCUGUUAGGUAACUGGAUUACACAGAGUCCUAUCUUGUCUCCUGCUCUGUUGAGCCUAUUUAACACUUUCACUGUUGUCUACUCUCUUUCUCAUCGAGCCAUCUUGCUCUCAUGGGUCAUUAUGCAGUACAGCUCUUCAUAAAGGAGAAUAUCAAACUUAACAUGUACAAUAUUUGAUAAAAGUAAUCCUUUAAAAGUAAGAGUGGACUCCCCUGUAGUUUAUUCUAACUUUACACUUCAACAGCUUGUUCAAGCAAGAAAAUAUGUAUUCCACUUUGGCUAUGACGUUUAAGAGAUAAUGAUAAAUUGAUUUGUCAAUUUGGCGAUAAAAGAGCAAGAACUUAAUGAUGGAUUAAUUGUCAAAAGUCAUUUAUCAGGAGGAAAUGACAAUAAAAUGUUAGAUUCCAGCUCCUCAGACAUGACGAUUUUCUGCUUUUCUCUGUUUUACAACAUUGUUAACUGGAUAUUUUUGGCCACAAGGUCCAUUUAGAAGCUAUUUUGGAGCUUUUGGUCAUGCCACAUGAUCUUCAUUAGCAGAUGGAGUUUGAACAGCUGUCAAGGAAUUGUAAAAGUUCAAAUUUCCAUUUCAAUGUCUUUGGAUUUUGUUCUGUACUGUUGGUCGGUCAAAAGAACCAAUGAGAUGUAAUAUAUAUAAUAUAAUAUUUAGAUUUCUCGUUGUCUAACCUACUUACGCUGACAUGGGGCUUUUGGCAGAUUGCAGUGGAUCUCUCUCGACAAGCAGCAGAUCACAACAGGGACAUAAGUCUGAGGUUUGCGCUCUGAAAUGGAUUCAUAUGGGUCUUCACUCAACCGCAGCCAAUCGCUGGCGAGCGGCCUGGAGAAGACUUCACCAACGUGGAAGCCAUCCCACUCACGGAGCAGCAGCACUCUGUCAUCUCGCCACUCCAGACAGAUUAUCAAAGAUUGGGAAGUGAUUGAUGACCAACAGGUAGAAAUGCAAACAGGAGGUGAGAAUCCUCAUGACAUGACCACCCCGGGGAUCUGUGAAGGAUAUCUUCUCAAGAGGAGGAAGUGGCCACUUAAAGGUUGGCACAAGCGAUACUUUGUCUUGGAAGCAGGGAUCUUGCGUUACUCAAAAAAUCAACAAGAUGUCUCCAGGGGAAGAGUCCAGGGCUCCCUGGAUCUUAGCCUUGCAGUGAUGUCGAUAAACAAGAAAUCAAAUCGGAUUGACUUGGAUGCAGGGGACAUUCUCUAUCAUAUGAAGGCAAAGAGCCAUGAACUCUUCUACAUUUGGGUAACAAAGCUACAAGCCCACCGCUUGUACAAGAAGAAUGAGGCAGCUCACAUUAACAGCGGCUUCCUCCAGAUGUCCCAUGGUGCUGCGGCUGGACAACCUCAGACAAAUGGAGAUUUGAGCUCUGCAGGCCUGGCAGAUUCAGCUGGAGCGUCAGGAGUGCUGCCCUCAGCUAAUACCGCUGUGAAUAGCAAAGUGUCUGCCUGGCUGCAGCAAAGUCAUGGCCAAGACACCUGUGUUCAAGAGCUGAACCGCUGCCAUUUGGACCUUUCUGAGCUAAACGGCUUAAUCCAGAGGCUCCAGACGUUGGAGGCUGGCCAAUCUUUCACUAAUGGAGACUUAAAGCGCAUCAUCAGCAUACAGAAUCUCUCACUUGAGAAACCGAAAAAGCAGAGGUCAGGGAAGAUGUGGGGCCACUCUCGCACACUGUCUAGAGUGGAGGCCCUAGGAAUGCUAUCCUCCAGUCACCUGACCAGCUCAUCUCACCUCGGUGCAUCAGUCCCCUCAAUCCCUGACUAUGUCUACUCCCAGCUGUCCCCUCCCACUGUCACUCUGACGCCCGAGGGCAAGAAAAUCCAGCAUGACAUCUGCGCCGUGUCGCUACGAGUGCUUGCCUCUCUGAAGACAGUGCAUGAAACUCUGUCCCAGGAGAGGCAGAAGCUGCAGGAAGUCUGGGAAACUAACAACAUCCACCAGUCUAACACAUUAGCUGAGCCGGCAGCAGUGAGGCAAACGUCCCGAGGGCCUCCUUCAGUAGCAGAUUCGGCUGCGGAGUAUUUUGACGCCAGCGAUGACAUCCUUUGUGGUAGUUCCUCUGAGGUGUCUGAUGAAUCAGGACUUAGUGAUGGAAGCACCACCAACUCUGAGCCAGAGGAAGGGCAUGCAUCAGCCACCCGGAAGUACCGUGCUAGCAUUUCCAGAACUCCUAAUAGUGUUGUUCCCAAGAGCACUGGCCGGCGUACAACACUGCCGGCUACCUGUCCUGACAACAGCCAUGUGGGCCUCAUGGCUAUCCUCUACAAUAACAUAGGGAAAGACUUGGCUCGAGUGUCCAUGCCUGCUGCUCUCAAUGAGCCUGUUAACCUGCUGCAGAGGCUGUGUGAAGAGCUGGAGUACAGUGAGCUGCUGGAUACUGCCAGCAACACAUCGGACCCCUACCAGAGGAUGGUAUACAUUGCUGCCUUCGCCAUCUCUGGUUACUCCACUGCAACGUUCAGAAACCGCUACAAGCCCUUCAACCCGCUGCUGGGGGAGACAUACGAGUGUAUCAGGGAGGACCGGGGCUUCCGCUUCAUCAGUGAGCAGGUCUGCCACCAUCCCCCCAUCUCUGCCUGCCAUGCACAGUCAGAGAACUUCUCCUUUUGGCAGGACCAGCGAUGGAAGAAUAAAUUCUGGGGGAAAUCACUGGAGAUUCUGCCAACAGGAAUGGUGAAUGUCACUCUUCCAAGAUACGGAGACCACUACGAAUGGAACAAAGUAGUGACCUGCAUCCAUAACGUCUUCAGUCAGCAGCGCUACCUGGAGCAUUACGGAGAGGUCACCAUCCGCAACCUCAAAAGCAACGUCUGCACCUGCAAGAUAACCUUCGUCAAGUCUCGUUAUUGGGGUUCAGAUACAAAUAAGAAUGAGGUGCAGGGCAUGGUGCUGGACCAAAGUGGGAGUGUCAUUCACCGGUUUGGAGGUCUUUGGCAUGAAGGCAUCUUCUGUGACACUCUGCCCACUCCGAAAUGUGUCUGGAAGCCAAAUCCCCAGCCAAAGGAUUACCUGCUGUACUAUGGCUUGUCCUCCUUCGCCAUAGAGCUGAAUGAACUCACCCCGGACCUGAAGCCUCUCCUGCCUCCUACAGAUAGCCGCCUACGCCCAGACCAAAGGAUGUUGGAGGAGGGACACGUGGAUGAAUCAGACAGGAAGAAAGAUGAUAUAGAGGAAAUUCAGAGGGAGCGGAGAAAAGAGCUCGCCAAGAGGGGCGAAGAACAUGUUCCACGUUUUUUCAAGAAAGCCAAAGAUUCCUGUGGACGGGACGUGUGGGUGACAAACGAGACUUACUGGAAGCUCAGAGAAAAUCCAGGUUUUGCUAAUUCUGAUAACAUAACUCUGUGGUGAUGAGACGACAGCGACAAGCGACGGCAGAUAAUAACACAUGAGAGGGAGACUGUAACAUCCGAGUGGUGGAUAUUCGAACAGCAUAUAUGAACCGCUCUGAGAAACAUGCAGAGAGGGGACAGUGCUGCUGAUCUUCUGUUGGCCCAUGACUGGCUCAUGGGAAGCAGACACCUGUCACGUUAUUCAGCAUCCAGUACAGGUGAAAAAAACAUUGAGAGAACUUUCUCAGUAAGAUACAUUUUUUAAUGCAUUUUAUUUAUUUUAGAUUACUUCAGUCAACUCAUGUGUUUGUUUUUGAGAAUUUCACAGUUUUCUGACCAACAGACUGAACGUGUGACGCACUCUCGACACAUCUUGAAAUUCACAAAUGACUUGAAAUGAAAAUGAAAACUCUUUGAAAGUUGUCAAAAUUUUAUUUUUCUGUCAGGUUAGGAAGAAGCCUACUAUAUUGACAUAUUAAGUGUUAACAUUCAAUCAACUCAUGUCCUCCUCUCAACCAGUUUACUGUGUUUUAUAAUGAGUACAACUGUUUAAUAUACUGAAGUCAAUGCUACAGUCAGGGCUGGAUUACCAACAGCCUCGGACCCACAAUGGGGCCAGCUGGUUUGUGGUAACUUGAUUUAUUGCAAAUUUGUUUGGGGAUAUGCACCACUAAAGCACAAUAAAGAUAGGAACCUUAAAGCGGCUUUAAUUAAUAUUUUAACAAUAAGAAUGUGAUGAUGUCCAGUGCUCCCCUAUCGCUUUCUAGCGAGUUUCAGCACAUUGUUUAUCUGUGCAGUGACCAUAGUGGAGCAUUUAGCAGCUGAAAAGCCAGAUAUUUCCCUCAGGAGUUGUUGGAGACCAAAAACUGAGCUUGAAGAGAAUGGAUGUUGUGGCCAGAAACAAGACUGCAAAUGAAGGCUAAUAAAAGCUGCAAUGAUUAGUCAUUUUACAGUAAAUUUAUUGGCAGCUGUUUUGAUAAAUAAUUCUGUUGUACAGGAACCCUGGUUCAAACUGUGCAUCGUGCAUAUGCCAAAAUAAAUUUGUCAUUUACAGCAUCUACCUAGUUUUCUAAAGGUGCACCAAUACUAAUGUAUGAAGUACUCUGACUUUGUGUUGCUUUCACAUUAUUAAGAGAGAUGAGUAUGAAGGCUAUGAUGCUGAAGAUGAUCGCCAUCAACUGUUGUAUUGAUAAGAUUUAUGACAGUAUCUGUCUAAAUACUUUGGUCAUUGCUAACAUAGAUCAUAUGGUGGUACAUCUACCAGUAUUCAGUAUAAGAGAGGAGAGACAAUACUAUACUGUAUUUUUAUUUCAUUAAUAGUGAAAAUAAUAUCCAGCUGGUUGGAAACAUGUACAUACUGUAUUUAUACAGUACAUUAAACUGUCAACACCAGAUUUGUGUUUUUAUUUUUCAGUAUUAUUAAUACUUUUAUUAAUUAUAUAUUUGUAGGAUACGGAUGGUAAGUAUCAAAUCAUUAUUACAAUAUUUAAAUCUAAAUAAAUUAUGGCACAAAUGGAUUCUCACAUAAUUUUUCAGUAUAUUGAAUAUGUAGCAUUUUGUGCUUUCAGGUC